AACAGUGAUCGAGGUGGAGGAAGGCAGUCAGCCUGCGACGGAAAAACACAAGCGAGGACAGGUCGGGCAUUAUAUACCCAGUCCAUGUUUUAAAAGAAGGAAAAAUUAGUUAAAGUCAAGGAUAUGUGGAUGUGAGUGGGAUUUUUGUCACUUCCCCGCGGGCUCACUUACUUAUUGUUUGGCUCUCGGGCUGUGGCGGUGGCGUGUUGAGCGUGUCGCUGUUUGCCCAUUCUCACUGGAGUGAACACUAAGGGUUACUCUGUGUUUUUGGCUCUAUUGAUCUUCCAAUCAGCUCCGACCACCUUCCCUGUCCCUGCUGACGAAAAGCAUCCCCACAGCAUGAUUGCCACCACCGUGUCUCGUGCGGACCAGCUGUAUUUGCUCUGCGAUUCAAUUACACGCAGGAGGACUCCAUGAAAGAUGACAGAAGAGGUGAUUGUUGUAGCCAAGUGGGACUACACGGCCCAGCAGGACCAGGAACUUGACAUCCGUAAAAACGAGCGCCUCUACCUCCUGGACGACUCGAAGACAUGGUGGCGCGUCCGCAACACCGCCAACCAGACGGGUUACGUGCCGUCCAACUACGUGGAGCGGAAGAACAGCCUGAAGAAAGGCUCGCUGGUGAAGAACAUCAAAGACACACUGGGUUUGGGAAAGGGUAGGAGGAAGCCAAGUGCCCGUGAUGCCUCCCCUACACCAAGCUCAGAUACAGAGUACACUUCCAAUGGCAGCGGGGGAGGAGGUGUGGGAGGAGCCGCGGAGAGGAUCUACGACCUCAACAUUCCCGCUGUGGUCAAGUUUGCAUACACAGCAGAGAGAGAAGACGAGCUGACGCUGGUCAAAGGCUCCAGGGUGAUCGUCAUGGAAAAGUGUAGCGACGGCUGGUGGCGUGGUAGUCAGGCCGGCCGUGUCGGCUGGUUUCCCUCGAACUACGUCCAGGAAGAGCUCAUGGGGGUCGAUGACAGAGAGGGAGAUUCCUCGCGGGGUUACCUUGGAGGAUCUCAGGGAACUCUGCUGGCCAACGGGCGGGCAGGCGACCAGGACGUCGUUCUCCAUCUGGUUCAGACGCUCUACCCCUUCAGUUCUGUGACAGAGGAGGAGCUGAACUUUGAAAAAGGAGAAAUCAUGGAGGUGAUAGAGAAGCCCGAGAACGACCCAGAGUGGUGGAGGUGUAAGAACUCUCAUGGCAUUGUGGGCCUGGUGCCUAAAAACUAUGUGAUGGUGCUGGACGAACAACCCGGCCUACCUUCCUCUACGUCAAGCUCCCCACAGAACCGCUUUGUGGCACCAGCGCGCUCAGGGAGGUUCGCCGGGAGGGACUGGUACUACGGCAACAUCACUAGACACCAGGCUGAGAGCAUACUCAACGAACGAGGAGAGGAGGGAGACUUCCUCAUACGAGACAGCGAGUCAUCGCCCAGUGAUUUCUCCGUGUCUCUGAAGGCGGCGGGGAAAAAUAAGCACUUUAAAGUGCAGCUGUCAGACGGGGUGUACUGUAUCGGCCAGCGCAGGUUCAACUCCAUGGAUGAACUAGUGGAGCAUUACAAGAAGGCCCCCAUCUUCACCAGCGAUCACGGGGAGAAGCUAUACCUGGUGAAGGCGCUGCUGUGAUCUACACAUCUACACUGGAUCUCUCACACACUCUGACGCACACAUGAUCCCCGACUGUCUUAACCCAAGCCUUAGCUGUGGACCCUCCCGCUGUGGCGUCUGUACCACAUCCAGAUCCUCAGAUCUCUUGGAUUUUCCAAGUGAAAACCAGACUAACUUUUUUUUUUCUAGCUCUUCGCUGUUUUUGCAGACGACCCUCAGACAGCCAUCACCGAGCCACAUAGAGAACACAGUGUGUACCGAGCCUCUAUUAUCUUGGAUGUGCUAACCUGCAGUGACCAGAUUUGCUGCUAACAGAACGCCUGAGGCCUUGUCGGGGGUUGAGCUCUCCCUCUGAUGUCAUACGUAAUGUCUAUUUACUAGCACGCACGUUGUAAAUUACACCAUUGCUCUUAAUUCACCCAGGAGAACAGACGUUUACCAGUUCAAAGAGGGACUUAGACCUCAGUGGGACCUAACUCUGUCAUGUCUAAUUGCAGGCCAUGUUUUAUUUUGUUUUUUCUCUUUCUUUUUUUAAAGAACUGCUUGUUGGCAAGUUCACCUUUUUUUUUAAGCUAAUUUAAUUCAUCUUCGUUGAAGUUUUGUACAGUUACUUUUUCACAAAGUGACCAGAAUCACUGUCUUGCCUUUUUUUUUUUUUCCUUCUAAUUUUCACUAUUCCUCCACCCAAUUGGUUUUUCUAUUCUACGUUUUUUUCUGUUUCUAGCAAACAAUUCAUUGCUAGUGAUACUUUAAAUGUGGACAACACUCACUGUAGUAUUUCUACCAAGCGGUGCAAUAGAGGAGACCUCAGAGUCCCUGUAGAGGUUGAAUGUUGAUCCAUGUAACCAAACGUGCCACCCUGUACCCAUUACUACUGGCUCCAGGUCUGCACUGCACUCUCAGACGAAUCCCUGGCUCAGUGAUCAUGCUUUAUAUCGUGUCGAGUUGAACAUGUUACCGUUCUCCAGUACGUGUCUGUAGUUACAUGAGGAAAAAACAAUAAUAAAAGCUUUUUUUGUUUUGUUUUGGUAAGGCUUCCUGAGUACCUACACUUGAUCUGUUUCUUUAAUGUGAUGCAGUUCAGAAAGAAAAGUACCUCUUCUGAUGGUAUCUUUGCGUUUACAGGAAACUUUGCAAGAAAUGUAUAUGGAAGAUUAAUCAGUAACUAUAUGAGACCCCGAUUUAAACAGAAGUCUAUUAAGGGAUGUGUGUUUUUGAAGCUAUCUUUAUAGAUCAAAGUAAUUUAAUUUGUUUAGGCACUCCAAAAACAGGUUUAUUCCUUAGCUGAAGAGUUUACCCCCUGGUUAGCAGCAAUAACAGCUCUGUUAGGCCUGAGUAGUUUAAACUAGUAACAUAAUGUUAAAGUUGCAGACACCUGAUUGUGAAAGUAGUGCUGAGCUGCUGUAUUUUAACAUUCUGGACCCUCCAAGCCUCUUGACACUGCUGCUAAAGAUGUGUAAAAAGGAAAAAAUAAAGUUUUCUAAAGGUGAUCUGUUGAUUUAUUUUUUACCUCAUGUACUAUCCCACCCACCGUGACUGGUGAUGAGAUGGACUCGGCCCCUCAUCCAGUUCUGUUUCCCUCAGUUCUUGUAAAGGUUUUGGUUACUGCUCUGAUCGGUGUGGUCACAUUUAGGUGAGUAGUUGUCUUUCUUGUAUCCAUUUCAUGACUUUUCUGAUCAAUGCACGUCUACCUUAAUUAAAUGACACAUUUUCCGAUCUUUCCCAUUUUAUAGUGGGUCUCAUAAGAGGAAUUGUCUUCUGUCACCUCAUAUUUAUGCCCAAAGGAAACGUAAAUCAAUCUCCAAAUAGUAAUUAAAAGUUUGUCGACACUUUGGUCAAAAACACUAUGCUUCACUUUAAUAAAUGUAUAAUUCAUAAGAAAUGUUGGAGCCGAUGUUGGCACCGGUGAUGUAAAAGAAAAAAAAACUUUUAUCGUGGGAUUUUUUUAUUUUUCUCAGCAGAAUAAAUUAAAGUUCAAAUGUUUUCUUGCCUUUCCCAUUUUGAAGAGUGACCAAGAGUAAAUAGGCCUCAGUAUCAUGUUUUUACUCAAUGGAAACAGUGAGUCAUGAAUCACUAACAAACAUUCCUGCUCAGAUCAAUAAAAACAAAUAAAUUAGGCAAUAAAAAGUUCUAAAAUAUGUUAAAGACAUUUUUUUAAAUAGGAAUUUAUUUGUCCAGUUAUGGGACCAGCCUUUGUGAUAAAAUAUACAUUUUCUUUCAGGCUUUUUACACAUCUUUAACAGGGGGUCCAAUAAAUGGAGGCAGCUGUAAAUGUGGCCUAAAAUUAGCAUUUUGCAGGCAUUGUGUAGCAGCCCGACCAAACCUUGACCUGGAUUGGUUCAGUUCAGAAGAAGUCAUCCUUCAUUGUGAAGAAACCAAAUCCACCCCCCUUGGAUUUAAAACUAGAAAACUAGUAACACCAAACAUUCACCUGUUUCUGUUCAUUUGUUUACCAAUGGAAGUGUUGAUCACGGGGUCCUCAGCUUUUAUAUGAUAUAUCUGAAUGUCAUUGAGCACUGUUAUUUAAUUCGUGUGUCCACUGUAUGUAUAUAUACCAAUAAGAAGAGGUGCAUAUAUGAAUCAUUAAGUUCCAACCUAUGGUACUGUAUCACCGACAACAUGAUGAGGAUUGAGAUACUUUUGUUCAAUAAAAACUUUUGACAAAGA